AUGCAGUCCCAGAUCGUCGCGCAAGCGAUCCAGUUCGCGAACGAGGGUAUACUGUCUGCGAAGAGCCUGUACAUGACCGCGGUCGGGCAGACUGCCGCAGAAAGUCCCGCGGAUGACAUGGAGCUCAUGCUUGGAUACAUGCAGCAGCUACCACCUGCUUUACGUGAUCCCAUCUGGUUCGAGAUGACUGCGAAGUACUCGCCGCAACUCGCCGAAUAUUGGCGUACCGAUGAGUCUGGACCCAUGCCCCCGGCAGCACGAGUGUUGAACUCGGCUUCGUAUACUCCUUACUUCGUGAGGUUCCUACGUACUCCUGCUGGAGCAGGUCUGGCAGCUCUACAUACGAAACGCGUGGCUCAAUUCGCCGACGACUUGACCAAAGAAGCCAAUCCCGACCGUGUGGCGGAGACCAAUCAGUUCCUCGCGACGCUUCUCCUCGUGCAAGGUACUGACGACGUCGAUGCCGCCGACAAGGAUGCUCUUCUCCCGAAGCUGAAGACUUGGAGGUCCAUGUCCAAGUUCCGUGGUCGACUUGCCUCUGAAGCCAGCGAUCGCGUCAUCUCGUUGCUCACCAACGACCGCGUACCGGAGAUGCAGAUGGUGAGGACGAUGCUUCUUCGAUCUCUCGACGAGUGCGGAGCACCAGGGUGUCAAGUCAUUUCUGGUCUACAGCGUUGUGGGAGGUGCAAGACGACCGGAUACUGCGACCAAGCCCACCAAAAAGCAGCGUGGUCCAAACACAAGAAGUUGUGCUUCGAGACCAACUUCGACGCUAUCAAUGUGCCCGCGAUCGAGGCAGGGCCUUCCGGCCAAGCGGAGUCUGCCGUCGAGCCAGAGCUCUCCAUCGAAGCCGACCCUUCCAAUGACGCUGAUCUUUGA